AUGGUCACCUAUACUACUUUUCCUGUGGAAACAAAUACCCUCCUUUGGGAUGCCAUGAUACGACGAGACCCUUCCCUAUCGCUGCUGCCCUAUGUAUCUACAGUCUUGAUUCUGAUGCACCGUGACCGCCUCAUUGUUUCUGACUAUAUCGAGGCCAUGCAGUUUCUCAUGCAUCUGCCGACUCCUUCGUCAGCAUCAGACCUUGUUCGUGAAGCCGAGCUUUUGCACAAGACCCCCACUUCCGAAAUGGGCAUUAUCAUUCUUCGCGCACAUGCGCAGCAACCUCCUUCUUUGGAUACCCCCAUGCUAGAAUCGGCAAGAGCGCGUCUGAUGGAGCUUUCCAGUGCGCACGCUCCACGAGUAAUCCAGAACCUUUUGAAUCCCGCUGAGCAGCAAGGCACACCGAACUGGAGCCCUUUAUCUCAGGCACGGCUUCACUCCGAGUCAACAGACACUUUUACACAGCGAAGACGUGCCAUGCUUUCACUGGAUGAUGUACAUAAUAGAGAUCUGUAA